GAGGAGAGCGCAAGCUGUGGCCGUAAGUCGUAUAUACCCCACCCCGCUGCUCCAUAUUCAGUGGGAGAGAGAAAGAUAGCGAAAGCGAGCGAGAACAGUGUACGGCCGAUGGUAUACGGGUGAGUGCUGUGUGUAUACCCUGGUGACGAGAAAGAACGACGGGCGGAAGGAUGGCCGGAUUACUAUCCAAUUCCACGAGGCUCGUCCCGCGCGCUCUUAAACGUGUAACCUUGCUGCACUCCAAGGGGGCCCGUACUUAUUAUCAGAGAGGAUUUAGAACGAGUGUGCAAGCACAAAAGAUUUUGGAUAAAGUUGUUAAGCAUCACAUCAAACCCCAUGAGUUUCAACUUUGGAAUGCUCACUCUAGAUAUUUACAAACAACAUCAUCAUUAUGGGAAUCUAAAGAUGUUGUAGUGCCACCAUUUGCAGAGAGUGUGAGCGAAGGUGAUGUAAGGUGGGAAAAAAAGGUUGGCGACCAAGUCAAAGAAGAUGAAGUUUUAUGUGAAAUCGAAACAGAUAAAACAUCGGUUCCAGUGCCAUCUCCUGCCUCUGGUGUAAUUAGGGCUGUACAUAUUGAAGAUGGUACUACUGUGCAGGCUGGAGCCAAAUUGUGUACUAUUGAAGUAGGUGCUACUGGUGGUACAACUUCAACGAAAGCAGAAGCACCAAAAGAGCCAGAACCAGUUAAAGCUGCCCCCCCAUCACCACCAUCACCAACACCAGUUGUUGCUGCUGUUCCACCACCCCAAGCUGCUGUUCCACCACCACCUUCACCUCCUGCUGCAAGACCUCCUCCACCCCAAGCUCCCAAGGCAUCAAUGCCAGUUGCAGCUAUCAAACAUGCACAGUCCUUGGAAGGUGCCAAAGUUCAACUGCCUCCACAAGAUUAUUCUCGUGAAAUUAUCGGGACAAGAACUGAACAAAGAGUGAAAAUGAACAGAAUGCGAUUGCGUAUCGCGGAGCGUUUAAAGGAUGCUCAAAAUACUAAUGCCAUGCUGACAACAUUUAACGAAAUUGACAUGAGUGCACUCAUGGAAUUCCGUAAAUCAAACCAAGAGGCCUUCACCAAAAAGUAUGGACUUAAGUUAGGUUUUAUGAGUCCAUUCAUCGCGGCAUCGGCUUACGCUUUGAAAGAUCAGCCGGUUGUUAAUGCUGUGAUUGACGGCAGUGAGAUAGUUUAUAGGGAUUACGUCGAUAUUAGUGUAGCCGUCGCAACACCAAAAGGUCUAGUCGUGCCUGUGCUUAGAAGCGUCGAAAAUAAGAAUUUUGCCGAAAUUGAAAUCGCUCUGGCUGCGCUUGGAGACAAGGCUAGGAAAGGUAAGAUCUCGAUUGAAGAUAUGGAUGGUGGUACCUUCACGAUAAGCAACGGUGGAGUUUUCGGAUCUCUGAUGGGUACUCCCAUCAUUAAUCCUCCUCAGAGUGCUAUUCUUGGAAUGCACGGUGUUUUCGAUAGACCCAUUGCUGUCAAGGGACAGGUUGUUAUUCGGCCAAUGAUGUAUAUUGCUUUGACAUACGAUCACCGAUUAAUUGACGGUCGCGAGGCUGUGAUGUUCUUGAGAAAAAUCAAGGAUGCAGUGGAAGAUCCUAGAAUUAUUUUAGCUGGUCUCUAAAAAGAAAUAAAGAAAAAACGAUUUCCGGAAAUAAAGUCAGCUAUCGAUUCGCUUAGAGCGCCUCUCUUCUUUCCCAUGAAUCACACACUUGUACAGUUUCAUGUCAUAUUUUAAUUUAUUACUUAUGAUGCAAGAGUUGUGCUCCUGUUACCUUUGACGUUUACGUUUUUUUAAAACCACCCAACUGUGAUUCAACGAAAGUAAAAUAUGUGUUUCUGUUGAAUACAUAAAAACGAUGUUAAUAGAUUAUUUCUCUUAUUUGCAGUAUUUUAUUUGACUUAAAUAAAAUCAAGUUAUAAUGAUAUAUUUUCUUGUAUCCCAGUCAUUAAUUUUACUUAACUUUUGUAAUCACAUCUGAAUACAUGAAUUUUAACUUAGUUACUUAUUUCAAAGAUAAAAGUUUUUAAUUAAUGAUAGAUACAAUAUUAUUUAAAAUAAUAAUAAAAUAAAAUCAAGAAAAUAUAUCAUUAAUUUUAUGAAUCUACUCGACUUGUAAUUAUUUUCAUAAACAUGUUGAUUUAAAAAAUGUCUUAGUAAUCAUUUGUAAUUUACUUUUUUCUUCUUAAAAUUUAUAUGUUCUAUAGGAGUCAAACACUGCGCUUACAACAAAAAAGGACUACUUAAAUUUUAACAAACACGUUCCUUAAAAUACGUACUGUAAAUAAUACGACAAUUUAAUGAUCAGUCUGUAAGCACUUCAUUUAAUCGCUUGAAACAAGUGAUUGUUGUAUCAUUUUUGAAUAUAAAUAAAACUAAAUAAAUUAAAAAUUACGUACGUAUUUAAAAUAAAACAAACGAUUCCUUAAUAAAAGUUAAAAAUAAAAUCAAAUAAUAAACAUUUUUUUUUAAUUAAUAACAAUAAUUCAACAACGCACUGCGAGGUGUUCAAAAUAAGCGAAGACCGGUUAUACCUAAUUAUUUUACAAAAUUGUAUCAUAGAUGGUUGUAUUUGGAAAUAAUAAAAG